AUGUAUUCAUUGCCCCAACGAAACUCUCACCGCAGCCACUGGCUCGUCAGUUGUCAGGAACCCAGUGGUGCGAUGGCACCUCCAGAUGCGGAGAUUGAGGCCGGCCAAAAGCUGUUGCCUGAAGAUGGUGGUAAGAGCACUGUGGCAGAGGGAGCAAGGCCUAGCAACGAGCUGUUGGUGGGAGUUUUCCUCGUGGCGCUAGUGACCAAAUUGUUCACCAACUUGGAGGCAAUCCCGGGCAUGUCAACCAUAUCCAUGCUGUGUUGCUGCCUUCUGGCAGAGUGGCUUGAGCAGCUUUGGGCGUUCCUUUUGUGCUUGGUGCCUGUAGGCAUCAUGCUGGGGCUGUCCACAUGGGGGUAUUUGCAAGUCUCGGCCCUGGCGAUUUGUGUGGCCUUGCAGAUACCUUUGACUAUUGCAUAUUUGGCACACCGCUGGCUCACGCAAAGACAUCCAGAGCUUUGGAGUGUGACACUGGCGUUCCCAUGUAUAAAUACUGCUUUGUGGGUCCUGUCUUUCUUCUUCCUCCCCAUCGGUUCCAUUGCAAGCCCGGCCUACGAUUUGGCUGGACAAAGCCUGUUGCUGACACAAUGCAGUGCGUGGUUCGGACGCAGCGGUGUCACCUUCAUUCUCAGCUGGCUAGCAGCGGCUGGAGCACAUCGCUGCGCCAACUCCAAGGCCACAGGAGGAUUCCGGGCUUCUCUUGCCACCUUGUUCGUCAUUCUUCUUGCCGGAGGAGUUCGAUUCUAUGCCCCAACCGUGUUCAUGGGUAUGACUUUCAUACCGCCAGGAGGAGAACCAUCAGAAUACCAUCGAGUUAGUUGUCUUAGUUACAUGGCAGAUGUGUACAACGCCACCAAAGAACGCUUAGAUGCUGGUGACACCAUCAUCAUGCACACUGAGCAAGGGACUGAUGUGCGCAAUGGCCCUCCAGUGCCGCGCUAUCAGGAACUGUUACGUGAGCACUACGACAAGACAAGGGUUGAAGCUCUGGCGGUUCUGUCCUUCUUUGAGAACAAAAGGUCAUGGUAUCACCUUGUCACUAGAAACGGGUCUGUGAUGAGCUAUGCGAAGAACCAUCCCGUGCCAGUCCUCGAAAGCGGACUGCUGCCUGGCAUACAGCCACCUUCAGUAGCAUCCGUCACUGUGGGUGCAGUAGGUGCAGCAGAGAUCUCUGUGACGGGGACGAUUUGCUUUGACACGGACUUCCCUUCGCUCACACGCUCCUUGAGUACGGCCGAUGUGCUUCUGGAAAGUAGCGCAACUUGGGGCAACAUAGGCCGUCAGCACCUUCAUGGCCAUCAGUAUGCGGCUGUGGAGAACGGUCAGACAUUGGUGAAAUGUACCUACAAUGGCUUUACUGGAGCCAUCAAUCCCUACGGCUCCAUUGUUACCCAGCUGCCGCAGACCACUGGCGUAGUGACCUUCCUUGUGCCGCGCUUCCCCAAGCUUACAGUCUUUCCUAUGUUGCACUGGGCUUUCGACUCGGUUGUCAGUGUCGCAGCAUGUCUUUGGCUCUUGCUGGCCUUGGUGUCGCUGGGCAAUCGCCUGCUGCGGUUGAAGCCUGAGAAUUUGCAGGUCGAGGAGGUGGAUGACUCACAGUGGGCGCCGGGUGACCAGGUGCGUUUGGUGGGGCUCCACGACGGCUCGGCCGGAGAGGAGCUACAAAAGCUCAAUAGUUCCUUGGGCUUGCUGCAGCGGCGAGUGCUGAAGAGCAAGUGGUUGGUGCAGGUGCAGAAGAAGACGUUCACUGUGCGUGGGGCCAACUUGAGGGUCUGUACAGAGGCCGAGAGUCGUCGCUGGGGCCCUUUAGGCCCGUGGCCAUGGCUGACCGGAGCCGGGCUGCUGGCGACUGGCUUGGUGCUCCUCGGCACUGAGCUCUCUGUACGACGGAUCCGGCAGCUGCGGGGCGCCGAGCGGGCGCCUGGGAUGGCCAUCGCUCUGUUGCCGAUGCUUGCGGUUUGCGGCUCUUUCUUCUGGAUUGUGGGAACAGUGGCUGGAUGCUAUGCGAUGCACGAGUCCUUGCAGGACCCAGAGGUUCGCUUCCCCCAGAUUUCUGAGCUCGCGGUGGGCCCCAAUGGGGCGAAGAUGCUCUACAGGCUGGGCUUCGGCUCGGCUGCCAUGCUUUUGGCGGCCACGGUGCAGCUGCAUUCAGAGCUGGCACUACCACAGCUGCCGGGAGGGCAGCAUGGCGACGCUGGGGAAAGCUUCACCUUCUAUGGCCUUUGUAGCGCCUUUGGAGUGGGAUUGCAAGGGUUGGCCCUCUUGGAGCCGCAUCUGUCCAUGCAAACGCUACUGCAUUUGGCAGGAGCUUUAGGCUUCUUCUACGGUGCCUGGUGCCACAUGGGCGCUGCACAAAGCCUCUACCUACCUACUGUACCCAAUGAGGACCAUCCUGGCUACCAAGAGGCUUUGGAGGCCUUCGAAGCAGCGGAGGAGUCCAAGCUCUUGAACGUGCCAGUCGUCCAUUUCUUGGUCCUGCUGCGACACAAGGUGCUUAUGCGAGGACCGUUGCUGGUCUUCUUGGUGCCGCUGCUGUCGCAGUUCGCGGAGCGUUCGGAGAAUGCUACUGCGCAGUCCCCCAGGACUCGGAGCUUGAUGGGGCUUGUUCAGUGGUUGGUGGUCUUGAACUUUGCUUUGAUCUUCCUCUCCUAUGGCCCGGAGCUUUCGGUAGCGGCCUUCCUUGCCCUGCCAGAUGAGUGA